UCUAACGUCGUCGUCGCCGCGGGUGAACAGGUACAAGACCGGUAAGAAAAGAGCUUUCAUUAUAUUUAAACGUAUAUGAACCACACCUGACAUAGUCACAAAUAAUAUUUUAUAUGUGGAAUUGAGUAAAAAGGCAAGUGAUACAUUAUUGGUUGGAUCUGUUAGUUUGGAUUAGUAACUAGCUAGCUAACUAAAGUCGAGCUAGCAUACCGCCGGUAAACUAGCUAGUUACACAAUGCAGUGAAAAAAGGACCACGAGUUGCUUCGGCAUUAGCCACCAGUUACCUGAAUAAUUACUUGGGAGUCUGACUCAUCAAUCGUUUUUGGAUUCCUAGCCAGCGGAAUUAUUGGCAUCUGUCAAAUCAAAGGAUAAGAAGGCCCACACGGGAUUCCUGGAUUUGUGAUAAGAUUGCUAACUCUAGAUUCGGAGGUAAUUUUAGCUAGACAAUUUGGCCUUUGGUUGAAUAUAACGGUUAGCCUUUAGCUAGCGAACGUUAGCUUGGUAAUUUAGGGGCCUCAAUAUUUCAGCCUCCAAAUAUAAUGGUCAAGGGCGCCAGUUUCGCAUCUAGUUAGUUACCGCAAUUGCAGUUGGCUAGUUGAUUAAAUUAUGGAGGAUAUUGGUUAAAAUAGCUAACUAGGUAAAUGGCAGGAAAUGAUUACAUUACCCACCUGGCUAACAACCCCGGUUCUUCAGCGCUUACUGCUAUCCUGUAAGAACGUGAACUAGCUUGCUAGGCUAGCUACAAGAAAAAGGAUGCUGGUAUCUGGCAUUUAUUGGUGUUGAGUAACGAUGCUAGGCCCGGAAUGCACUGGUUGCUAACACCACAGCGGCACCAAUUCAAUGCACGAAUGAUUAGCAAGUUACAUACCGUCAGCGAUCUUGGCGUAAAAUCCAGCAGCGAUGUAACCAGAUAUGGACUAGCAAUUUUCAACGUCUCGGCUUUGAUUGCGAUGCGAAUGGCAACCAAUGAUGUGUAUAGACACUAGAUUGUUAAUGCGAUGUAGCUAAUGAGAGACUUUGAAGCCACCGGCCGCCAUAUUGGUGCUCCUCAGAAGGACCAGUCCUCCAUAGGAAUGAAUGGAAUUCUGCAGUAUUUCAAUAAAAUGGUUCAAACACAAAAUGACAUGUAUGGAUUUGUUGUGGGGACAAUGAAAUUGGUACUCAAUUUUUAUAUUUACUUAGUGAUGUUUACAUAUGUGUUUUUUUUAACCCCUUUUGCAAUAGGUAGUUAGUCUUGUCCCAUCACUGCAACUCAGGUAGAGGCGAAGGUCGAGAGCCACGUGUCCUCUGAAACACGACCCUGUCGCACUGUUUCUUGACACACUGCUCGCUUAACCCGAAAGCGUCGUAGAGCGCGAUGGGACAAGAACAUCCUAGGCUCGAACCCGGGUCUCUAUCGACAUUUUAGUCAUUUUAGCAGACGCUCUUAUUUUUAUACUGGCCCCCCGUGGGAAUCGAACCCACAACCCUGGCGUUGCAAGCGCCAUGCUCUACCAACUGAGCUACACGGGGCCCACUGCGAUGCAGUACAAAAAUGGUUGUGGCUUCAAAACAGUGCCCCCAGUAUGUUAGCUAGGGUUAAUACAUAUCAUUGAUGUCAACUAAGGCUGGAAGGGAGGACUUGCAAGCCAUUCCACUAAAGCCCAAUCAAGCAGGGCUUUAUCAGGGUUAAAUGCAUUGAAUUUGUCAUUUAGCUGGUCAGCAACAAGUCACCAUGAAUCUAACAACAGGCGACCCCCUUAACUCAAGCAGUUAUAUAACGUUACUCUUGGAAAUCUAACUAGUGGAAAAUAGGUGUACACCCAACAUUGGCUUGCUACUCUGUUCCAUUGUAGGCGCUGCAUCAAACAAUACAAAAUGACUUUCACCUGAAGACUGCUUAGCUACCGCAUUAGCUUCUCGGAUAAUCCAGAUGCAGGCAACACAACAUUACUGACCCAGUUUCCCCUACUUUGUUCCCCGUUCGCUGUGUCUUCAGGUUUAAUUUAGUCCUCCAGGUCCGCAGCAGCCAUGCCCUCCGACCUGGCCAAGAAGAAGGCGCAGAAGAAGAAGGAAGCCGCCAAAUCCCGGCAGAAGGCCAAAAAACCAGGAGAGGACGGAGAGGGAGAGGGACCAGAGCAAGGCCAGCAGAAUGGAGCCGAAAGCAACGGUAAUAGUUGCCAAUUAUAGAGAAACUAAAGGGCUCAAGUUUAAAUCCUCUUCCAGUUACUUUAGGUGUUCAGAGAUGUAUUUGUAUUCUUCUUGCACUAAAUCGCUCUUGAUUUGAGCGUCUGCUAAAUGACUAAAAUGUAAUGUAAGUGGGUGGUUGUUACCUCAUGUUAAAUAUGGGUUGACUGGCACGCACAUGUCUGUCAGUGGAGAUGGGUAACCCUUUUCAUGUAUAAAAAAUUACUAACUAAACGUCCCACUGUGUCACAGGUGUGGAUAUCCUGACCAAGGAGAUGGACGAGUUUGAGCUGAAGAAAACUGAGGCACGGGCAGUGACCGGCGUGCUGGCGUCGCACCCCAACAGCACGGACGUCCACGUCGCCAGCUUGUCGCUCACCUUCCACGGGCAGGAGCUGCUGCAGGACACCAGCCUGGAGCUCAACUCGGGACGCCGCUACGGCCUCAUUGGCCUCAACGGCACUGGUAAGUCGUUACCGCCACCUGGGUCUUGUUCACUAGGCAUAAAACGGAAGAAAUCCCUCUGACACAGCAUUUUGGAUAGGAAACGCUAAUUUCCAUUUUUUGUUUGCAAAUUUUUUUGUUGCUACGGUGUGCUCUAAUAAACACGACCCAGCGCCUUUGGGACACCUUUUUGCUACGUCAGUUUCCGUGGUGGGUACACCCGUCUCUGUGGGACGCCUUUUUCAACCAACUCAGCCGUUUUAUUGGAACUAUCACCACCUUUAUUUAGAAAUACAAAUGUGAUCUCUAUGGGGACUCAAAAAUUACACAUUCACAAAUCGUUCUACUUUUCCAGGUAAAUCCAUGUUGCUAUCAGCCAUUGGCCACCGCGAGAUACCUAUCCCAGAGCACAUUGACAUCUACCACCUGACCCGCGAGAUGGCGCCCAGCGACAAGACGGCCCUGCAGUGUGUCAUGGAGGUGGACGAGGAGAGGAUCCAUCUGGAGAAGGAGGCAGAGCGCCUGGCCUCCGAGGACUGUGAGUGUUUUGCAUCCACCCCUCGCUUACUUUGUCCAACCAGGAAGACCAUUGCUAAUAGUGUCUCAAAUGGAGCAAUUUAGAUUUGUUCCCGUUUAGCAAAACAUUUUGUACCUUGUUGUGGUGACUUCCAUAGUGAGUCAGGUUUUGCGUGGGGAUAUUGUGAUUGCUUUAUAAUGAUUGCUUGGUUGUAGUAGUUUAUAUAGAGUAUUUCCACGUUACCAUGGGAACUGUGCUCAAUGUGGCAGCUUCCCUUCCUAGGCGUGGUACACUACCUCCCAUGUCCCGAAUAGUCCUACAGAAUGUGUUGCCUUCAUGAUGUAGCAUCGGGCAAGGGCACAAAGGCUUAUUUGGUGGGAUAACAACCGUGAUUACACCCCCCCCCCCCCUCAACCAGUUAAAAUGAAAACUGUAGAGUAAAAGUUCCCUUCUUUCUCUCCACCACUCCCUCUCUCCACCACUCCCUCUCUCCCUCUUCUUAUCCUGCUCCUCUCUUUUUCACUCUCUUCUACCCAAAUUCUCAUCUGCCUUCUCUUUUCCUACUCCCUCUCUCUCUCUCUCUCCUUUUUCUCUCUCUCUCCCCUAAAGCCGAGUGUGAGAAGCUGAUGGAGCUGUACGAGCGCCUGGAGGAGCUGGAUGCAGACAAGGCGGAGGUGCGAGCCUCCCAGAUCCUCCACGGUCUUGGCUUCACCGCCCCCAUGCAGCAGAAGAAGCUUAAGGACUUCAGUGGAGGCUGGAGGAUGCGCGUCGCUCUGGCCAGGUACAAAACACACCCUGUACAAUACAAAAGCCUGGGCCCGUAUUCAUAAAGCAUCACAGAGUUGGAGUGCUGAUUUGAUUGGAUCCGUUAUUUAACUUUUGAAUCGUAACAGGUGGGACCUGAUCCUAGAUCCGCAAUCCUACUCUGAGACACUUUAUGAAUACAGGCCUUGAGCCCAGUCUUUUUCAUAGACACUCUCAAGCAUCGCUGCAGAAAACUGUCAGAUCUUCAUGAAAGGGGUAGGGGCCGGGCUGCAAGGGUUCUGAAGGGCGGUUUGGAAUUGGGUAAAUAACAUCAAACUUUCUUUUCCACUUGUUUACUUGAAUAGAUAACUUAGAUUCCUAACAAAACACUCCAACUAUGGGAUAUAUUUAUAAGGCUUUGGCUCAGAACUGUUUGGAAGUGAUGUAAAGAAAGGCCGAAUGAUAGCGGCACCGCCAAGCAGUAUGUUUACAGUGCAACGUCGCAGUGACAAAAACGGACCGAAGCGUUUAACUGAUCCCUACAGUUCUGUGCACUCCUCUCUUGUGUUGAGUUUCACUUUGCCCAAAUGCUUAGGUGCCCCCCCCCCCAAAAAAAAAGUAACUGUUUUAAAAUUCCUAACCUGGGUGUUGUUUGUGUGUUCCUGGAAUCCAGAGCCCUGUUCUUGAAGCCGUUCAUGUUGCCUAACCUGGGUCUUGUUUGUGUGUUCCUGGAAUCCAGAGCCCUGUUCUUGAAGCCGUUCAUGUUGCUGCUGGACGAGCCCACUAACCACCUGGACCUGGACGCCUGUGUGUGGCUGGAGGAGGAACUUAGCCAGUAAGGCCAUUUACGUGUGUGUGUAAGCUGUAGGACAUUACUUUUAUUAACCUGAAAAAGCCACCUUAGAUUGGUUGAAGUCAGGUUUCUGCUAUGACCUACUGUGGUUUGGAUUGAUCCAUAACUCCAGAGGUAAACUGGGAAAAAAAUCAUGUAAACAUUGUUGUUUUCCGCUAUCUACUCGUUUUUAAGCUAUUUAUUGCUGCUGUGACAUGAUGUAAACAAAAGGCCGAAUUAUAGUGUCCCUGCCUGGCAGCGUGUUGUCAGUGUGUUGUCAGUGUGUUGUCAGCGUGUUGUCAGCGUGUUGUCAGCGUGUUGUCAGUGUGUUGUCAGCGUGUUGUCAGUGCGGGGGCGCGUUGACAAAAACUAGACCGAAGCGUUUAUCUGAUCCCAGCAGCGUGCCAAAGAGUAUAGAAUGGAUGCCACAGGGUUUGUUAGUUACAUUUUUACAUUUUAGUCAUUUAGCAGAGGCUCUUAUCCAGAGCGACUUACAGUUAGCGCAUACAUUUUUCAUACUGGCCCCCUGUGAGAAACGAACCCACAACCCUGGCGUUGCAAGCGCCAUGCUCUACCAACUGAGCUACAGGGGACUACUAGUUCCAAGAUUAGAUGUUUUAGACAUUGCUCAUGAAGUUUACUCAUCUGUGCUAACCACUGGCUAUAUACUUUGACUAUAAUCCCUGACAUUUGAUGAAGAAUCCCCAUGUUUGGUGUAACUCAAGAUUUGUCUGUAUUUUGAAGUGUCCACAUUUUUCUCUCUCUCUCCAAUUUUAACAGAUUCAAACGUAUUCUGGUCCUGAUUUCCCAUUCGCAAGACUUCCUUAACGGCGUGUGCACCAACAUCAUGCACUUACACGAGCGCAAGCUGAAAUACUACACGGUAAGAGCAGCUGCACUUUGCCAUGAGCCAACAUGGACCAAUGAGGUGUUUAUCUGGUUUAGAAUAAUUUUACAUUUACAUUUUAGUCAUUUAGCAGACGCUCUUAUCCAGAGCAACUUACAGUUAGUGAGUGCAUACAUUAUUAUUUUUAUUUUUCAUACUGGCCCCCCGUGGGAAUCGAACCCACAACCGCCAUGCUCUACCAUCUGAGCUACAUCCCUGCCGGCCAUUCCCUCCCCUACCCUGGACGAAGCUGGGCCAAUUGUGCGCCGCCCCAUGGGUCUCCCGGUCGCGGCCGGCUACGACAGAACCUGGAUACGAACCAGGAUCUCUAGUGGCACCGCUAGCACUGCGAUGCAGUGCCUUAGACCACUGCGCCACUCAGGAGACAUACCAGGGCCUAAAAUUAACACCGGCCACCUGCCAAACGUGGGUAGAUUUUGGCAUUGGCCUGUAAGUAUGUCUAAUUCACCAGCCGCGUUGGCGCGUGGUCACACUCGGGGCUCUACAGUUUGAGCGUUUUAAUAAAAAUAGUCAAGUAUGGGCACAAGGUCGAGUUGUGUUUUUAUAGCAAAAUAAAUAUUGCAGUAGCUGUUUUCAAAGUAUUUCUGACGUUUUGUUUCAUAUCUGGUAAUGCACAAAGAAAUGUGAAUCCUAACGUUAUAGUUAUCCCACCUAGCGCAGCAACACUGCCUGUCUGGGGGGGGCUGUGAGUGCUGAAAGAUUAGUUUUUAGAAGCAGCGGCAUAAAAGUUGGUCUAAUUUACUCAAGUGGCUGGUAGAUUAUUUGUAUGUGUGUGUACCAGUGAAGAGUUUGGACACCGACUCAUUCAAGGAUUUUUCUUUUAUUUGUACAAUUUUUUUACAUUGUAGAAUAAUAGUGAAGACAUCAAAACUAUGAAAUAACACAUGGAAUCAUGUAGUAACUAAAAAAGUGUUAAACAAAUCAAAAUAUAUUUUAUAUUUGAGGUUCUUCAAAUAGCCACUAUAUAUAUAAGUUUGUUCCAAGCAUGUGAUGCUCCUUUAAACUCACCUGGGGCAAGUAACAGGUGUGGGCAAUCUAAAAAUCACACCUGAAAGCAGAUAAAAAGGAGAGAAGUUGACUCAGUCUUUGCAUUGUGUUUCUGUGUGUGCCACACUAAGCAUGGAGAACAGAAAGAGGAAAAGAGAACUGUCUGAGGACUUGAGAACCAAAAUUGUGGAAAAAUAUCAACAAUCUCAAGGUUACAAGUCCAUCUCCAGAGAUCUAGAUGUUCCUUUGUCCACAGUGCGCAACAUGAUCAAGAAGUUUGCAACCCAUGGCACUGUAGCUAAUCUCCCUGGACGUGGACGGAAGAGAAAAAUUGAUGAAAGGUUGCAACGCAGGAUAGUCCGGAUGGUGGAUAAGCAGCCCCAAACAAGUUCCAAAGAAAUUCAAGCUGUCCUGCAGGCUCAGGGUGCAUCAGUGUCAGCGCGAACUAUACGUCGAAAUUUGAAUGAAAUGAAACGCUAUGGCAGGAGACCCAGGAGGACCCCACUGCUGACACAGAGACAUAAAAAAGCAAGACUACAGUUUGCCAAAAUGUACAUGAGUAAGCCAAAUUCCUUCUGGGAGAACGUCUUAUGGACAGAUGAGACCAAGAUAGAGCUUUUUGGUAAAGCACAUCGUUCUACUGUUUACCGAAAAUGUAAUGAAGCCUUCAAAGAAAAGAACACAGUACCUACAGUCAAAUAUGGUGGAGGUUCAAAGAUGUUUUGGGGUUGUUUUGCUGCCUCUGGCACUGGGUGCCUUGACUGUGUGCAAGGCAUCAUGAAAUCUGAGGAUUACCAAAGGAUUUUGGGUCGCAAUGUAGGGCCCAGUGUCAGAAAGCUGGGUUUGCGUCCGAGAUCAUGGGUCUUCCAGCAGGACAAUGACCCCAAACAUACUUCAAAAAGCACCCAGAAAUGGAUGGCAACAAAGCGCUGGAGAGUUCUGAAGUGGCCAGCAAUGAGUCCAGAUCUUAAUCCCAUUGAACACCUGUGGAGAGAUCUUAAAAUUGCUGUUGGGAAAAGGCACCCAUCCAAUAUGAGAGACCUGGAGCAGUUUGCAAAAGAAGAGUGGUCCAAAAUUCCGGGUGAGAGGUGUAAGAAGCUUAUUGAUGGUUAUAGGAAGCGACUGAUUUCAGUUAUUUUUUCCAAAGGGUGUGCAACUAAAUAUUAAGUUAAGGGUGCCAAUCAUUUUGUCCGGCCCAUUUUUUGAGUUUUGUGUGAAAUUAUGUCAAAUUUGCUUUUUUCCUGUUUUUUUUGUGUUAUUCCAAUACACACAAAGGAAAUAAACAUGUGCAUAGCAAAACAUGUGUAAUUUCAAUACUUUUCUGUGAGAAAUACUUCAUUUUCUGGAAAAAUUUCAGGGGUGCCAACAAUUUUGGCCAUGACUGUAUGUAUAUAUAUAUAUAUAUAUAUAUAUAUAAUAUAUAUAUAUAUAUAUAUAUAUAUAUAUAUAUAUAUAUAUAUAUAUAUUAUAAUAUAUAUAUAUAUAUAUAUAUAUAUAUAUAUAUAUAUUUUUUUUACCUGCCACAGUGGCUGAUAUAGAAGAAAGUUAGUUUUAGGCCCAGAUACUUACUCAGACUUCAACCAUCUACUUGUUUUAUAUUGUAUUUGCCCUUGGUGAGUUACUCUGAAUAAAAGUUACUAUAUAAUCAAGUCAUAAGAACAAAGGAAAAGGACUCCAGUGUGCGAGUACAUCCCAUUUCAAGUGUAAAAUGGUACUCAUGUAAAAACUGUUUGUUUACUUCCUGGUUAGGGCAACUACGACCAGUACAUAAAGACCAGGGAGGAGCUGGAAGAGAACCAGAUGAAGAGGUUCAACUGGGAGCAGGACCAGAUCAAACACAUGAAGGUAUAUAAGAUUCACUUUCUCUAAACACGCUUCCUCAUACACUAGUGGUUAGGCAAUAUUUAUGUGAAAGUCGGGCUGACGGCAGUAAUAUGUGAUGGAUCAGCCAUAGUGAUGGGUUAUUUUGGAACCACCAGCUUGGCUUGGUCGUUUCAUCCAAACCGUUUUAAAGUUCAAUAAAGUAGUGUGACACACGGUGAUGAGAGGGAGUGCUUCACCAAACAGUUAUUUUUGUAAACCUCCCUCAUCUUUCUCUCCUUACCACCCCACCAGAACUACAUAGCCCGGUUUGGGCACGGCUCAGCCAAGCUGGCUCGUCAAGCCCAGAGUAAAGAGAAGACGCUGCAGAAGAUGGUGGCCUCGGGCCUGACUGAGAGCGUUUCCAAUGACAAAGUAAGUCUGUUCAGUGACUUUGACUCGGUGGAUAAAGGUGAUCUUUUUUUUUGUGUAACUAGUUUUGACUACAGCCCAGGGCAAGUCACAUGGUCAGAACAUUCUCUGGACCAUAGUAAAAGUGGAUAUUAUUGAAGGCAGGUCCCCAGAGUUUGGGUGAUCUCUAUUUGAGAAAUUUCUGAACAUUAAUUCACAACCAUAGUUAUGGUCAAUUGUAACGCAGAAAAGUGUACAGUGGAUGCCACGGGGUUAGUCAAUUACAGGAUAACAGAUUUGUUUUAUAGAAUUGCAAAAGAGAAGCCAUAAUCCCAUAGCUCCAUUCAGGGUGGUAGGCCACAAGGCAGGGAUCAGACAAUCUGCAAAUCAUCCUGAACUCCUACCUCAGAACUGAGGACAGGAAGCUCAUUCUUCUUCUCUUUUUGUAGACCCUGUCAUUUUGUUUUCCUCCCUGUGGGAAGAUUCCCCCUCCGGUCAUCAUGGUCCAGAAUGUCAGCUUCAAGUACUCUGAUGACCAGGUAGGUGAUUGUCAAACCUUCUCUCACUUCUGCCUAACUGAAUGUUUAUCUAUUUGUUUUUAUUUAUGACAAAAGAGAAAUUCCAGCUCCAAACUAUACUCAAUCAUGUUUUUCACUAUGGUUUGUGUGAAUUUGUCUUGUGUUUUUUCCCUUGUUUGACGUUUCAGCCCCAUAUAUACAAGAACCUUGAGUUUGGCAUAGACCUCGACACCCGAGUGGCCCUUGUGGGGCCCAACGGGGCCGGGAAGUCCACCCUGCUCAAACUUCUCACUGGAGAGGUGAGUCUUGGCAUUAUGGUUUAUAUAUGGUAAUUUUAGCUAACUAAUAGUUCUGCUGUUCGGCCAUGCCAUGAGGCGUUACCUUAAAGUGGUACCAUUUUUACUGAUAAGUGAGGGUCAAUGAGUAGAAACCACCUGUAAACUGUCAUUUUUCUAUUUUCUGUUCAGUUGCCUAUGCUAGUAAAAUGAUUUUCAAAUGUUUUUUAAAUGAAUAAUUUGUGGGCACUUUCGAUGGCUCUUCAACUUAUCAAAGUAUAAAAAAAAUUUGAUCAGACAUCCCAUCCCGGUCCCCUGUCCGCCCCUGCUAACGUCCCCUGCCCUGUCCGCCCCUGCUAACGUCCCCUGUCCGCCCCUGCUAACGUCCCCUGUCCGCCCCUGCUAACGUCCCCUGUCCUGUCCGCCCCUGCUAACGUCCCCUGUCCGCCCCUGCUAACGUCCCCUGUCCCGCCCCUGCUAACGUCCCCUGUCCGCCCCUGCUAACGUCCCCUGUCCUGUCCGCCCCUGCUAACGUCCCCUGUCCUGUCCGCCCCUGCUAACGUCCCCUGUCCGCCCCUGCUAACGUCCCCUGUCCGCCCCUGCUAACGUCCCUGUCCGCCCCUGCUAACGUCCCCUGUCCGCCCCCGCUAACGUCCCCUGUCCGCCCCCGCUAACGUCCCCUGUCCGCCCCCGCUAACGUCCCUGUCCGCCCCCGCUAACGUCCCCUGUCCGCCCCCGCUAACGUCCCCCUGUCCGCCCCCGCUAACGUCCCCUGUCCGCCCCUGCUAACGUCCCCUGUCCGCCCCUGCUAAACGUCCCCUGUCCUGUCCGCCCCUGCUAACGUCCCCUGUCCUGUCCGCCCCUGCUAACGUCCCCUGUCCUGUCCGCCCCUGCUAACGUCCCCUGUCCUGUCCGCCCCUGCUAACGUCCCCUGUCCUGUCCGCCCCUGCUAACGUCCCCUGUCCUGUCCGCCCCUGCUAACGUCCCCUGUCCUGUCCGCCCCUGCUAACGUCCCCUGUCCUGUCCGCCCCUGCUAACGUCCCCUGUCCGCCCCUGCUAACGUCCCCUGUCCGCCCCUGCUAACGUCCCCUGUCCGCCCCUGCUAACGUCCCCUGUCCGCCCCUGCUAACGUCCCCUGUCCGCCCCUGCUAACGUCCCCUGUCCGCCCCUGCUAACGUCCCCUGUCCGCCCCUGCUAACGUCCCCUGUCCUGUCCGCCCCUGCUAACGUCCCCUGUCCUGUCCGCCCCUGCUAACGUCUCGUCAUUCUUUGUCCUCAGCUCCUCCCUACUGACGGUAUGAUCCGCAAGAACUCCCACGUCAAGAUUGGCAGAUAUCACCAGGUAGCAUACCAUUUUAAAGUGCACUAAUAGCCUAAACUGUCUUUGACAAGUCUGUCAGAAACCUUUAAUUCAUGUAUGUUCCUACAAAGCCAAAUUUGGAGUAGACUGCAAAUUUUGAGAGAGAAAACAAUGGAGCUCCACCAACUGAUUCUGUGCUGUGGUUAUGAAGGGAUGGUCAGUGGCAUCUUUUGUUUUUUAUUGUAUUACUUGAAGUUAAAGACGUCCUCCAGUGAUUUUAUUUUUAACUUAUGGUUGAAAAGCGACAUCCCAAUUAUAAAUAGUGACGUCCAUACAUUAACACCUUGGAGUCGACGUCUGCGCCCCUGUGGAAAUCAAAUUAGCAUUAUUAAAAAAAUUCCCAUCAAAAUCUGUCAGUUGAAGCUAGAGAUCAGGUUUGUUUUGCAAUCCUCCGCCGAUGUCGCCCUUCUGCAUCUGCGGUGAAAGGUGGCAGAGACAGCGGUGUUUGUCAGAACAUGAGACAUCCCGAAAUUCGGCCUUCUCACGAAAACGUCUAGGGUCAGAACGGUUUGGUCUACCAACUUUCCCCUCUAUGGAAAGAUUACUCGCAACAAACACGAUGGUGUUCUCGGUUUUGCUCUAUGACCCCCCCCCACCCCCUAACAAGCGUCACGGGACAACUUCUGAAGUUAGACAUUUUUACAAAUCUGCCUGAUUCACAUGGCUGAACCUACUCUUUAUUUCCUCUCUAAAGCAUCUAACAGAGCAGCUGGAACUCGACCUCUCACCCCUGGAUUACAUGAUGAAGUGUUACCCAGAGAUCAAGGAGAGGGAGGAUAUGAGGAAGAUCAUCGGCCGCUAUGGGCUGACGGGCAAACAGCAGGUUAGUUUGAUCAUUAGUGAUCCUUAAAAUAUUGUCAUGUUGCAGACCUGUUUUCAAAUACUUUGAACGUUUGAUUGAGCCUGUCUGGCAUGCCAGGGGAGUGGGGUUUGUACUUUUGGGACUAUUCCAUUAGUUCCAUUUGUACCAUGCAAGCUCCUAGGGCAGCUUAAGUAUUUGGCAAAAAAAUGAUUUCUAUUUGAACCCAGGUCUGCAGGGUUGUAGUCAAUUUAAAUUAAACUCAAGUCUGUAAUUAAAUUAAAACCCUAUAUAUGAAUUGGGGGACUGUCUUACGACAAUUGACAUUACAUGUUAGUCAUUUAGCAGACUCUUAUACAGAGUGACUUACAGGAGCAAUUUGGGUUAAGUGCCUUGAUCAAGGGCACAUCGACAGAUCUUUCACCUAAUUGGCUCGGAGAUUGGAACCAGCGACCUGUCGAUUACUGGCCCAACGCUCUUAACCACUAGGCUACCUGCCGCCCUAAUUUACUGACAUUGGUGCCAAUUUUCUGCAUUUUCCCAGGUGAACCCCAUCAGAAACCUGUCUGACGGGCAGAAGUGCCGGGUGUGCUUUGCCUGGCUGGCUGGGCAGAAUGCCCAUAUGCUCUUCCUGGACGAGCCCACCAAUCACUUGGACAUCGAGACCAUUGACGCCCUGGCCGACGCCAUCAACGCGUACGAAGGCGGUAUGAUGCUGGUUAGCCACGACUUCAGGCUCAUCCAGCAGGUGCGGAUCAAAGAAUUGGAACACUAUUUUGUAUGAACGGGUUGCUUUUAAAUACACUAGUGGACCACUGCCACACUGUCUGAAUACACCGGUGCUGCACUGUUAAAAUAUACUCCACCAUGCUAUUGGGACGCUGGUGCUGCACUGUUACACUCCACCAGUAUACAGUACCGGAGUCAACAUUUUUUUUGAAUGGGUUUAUCAUAAAUAGUCCUUGUUUACAUAUACUUACGGGAAUUCUUUUUUGGAAGAACUGGGAUUGAUGCACAUUUGUCCCUAUUCAACCCCAUUUCUCCUUUUCUCCCUAGGUGGCCCAGGAGAUCUGGGUGUGUGAAAAGCAGACCAUCACCAAAUGGAACCGGGACAUCUUGGCUUACAAACACCAUCUGAAAAAGAAGAUUGACAAAAAUUCGCAUGGUGUAUAAAAAUUAUAAAAUGAAACGACCUCCCCAGAUUCAAGACUGUGGACUCCCAAUUUCCCAUUCCAUCUUCUCACUUGACUAUAUAUCUCAAAAAGCAUGUUGCUCCAUUUCUAGAUGCCCAAUUCCUUACUGCUUAAAGCCUCUUUACAGGCUGCUGGAAGGUUGUGGUGCGUCCUAGUUGCCUUCCAUUGCUACCCCUUCAACAGGCAUACAUACGGUAUAUUGAUUUCUCUGAAUUAAAGUUUUAAAAAAAUAUAUGUAUCCAUUAAUGUAGUGGAGAAGAUGUGCACUUUGUUUUUAAUUCACGGUUCAUUACUUUUCCACAGUUCAGAACUAGUAGGAUACAAACUGCCAGCA